AGUUUCAACUCUGCAUAAAAUUGUUGAAAUAUUUUAUUGUUUAGAACGAAUAAAAAGACUUCUAUUAGAGUAAGAAAGUUUUUGUGCUAGUUAGCUAUUUGCAUUUAGACGUGAAGUUCUUCAUGUAGUAUACAUACAUCUCUGAUUUUAGAAACGACUAAUAUUAAUCUGCUACUUAUUAAAUUAGUGAUCAUGCAGUACCCCCCUGAAGAAUCCUAUACAAGACUAAUAAGCCACAACAUGACUGUGCCACAAAGAAUCAAGGCAACUGGUGACUUCGAUGACGAAAGUACGCCAAAUGGUAUGGUUACUGGAUGGGAUUAUGCCAACGAAAAGUUUGAUAUGAAAGUGCCAGAGAGAAUUUUAGUUGUUGGACAAGAUCAGCAUCUUGGAACUAAGGCCACUCCAAGAGAAAUUCAGUUGGAUAAUGCAGUUUUGCCAACUGACCCUGGCAUGAUACGUGUGAGCACACCUCCUCGCAUCAUAACACUUGACCAGCACUAUUUUCCUUCUGCUGAUGAUUUUCCUUUGGGGACACCUAACUCUCCACCAAAACAUGUGCGACCAACACGCUCUCAAGGCGAUGGAGCCCGAUCAGCUUUACCAGGGAUUGAUCACUUCAAUGACUCAACAAUGACUGAAUCACGUCUGGUCUUAAGAGACCCAUCUCCUCCAAUGGGAAAUGGCGAGGGUUUAUCUACUGCGGAAGAAAUGGUUCACUUGCGCCGGCAGAUCGUGAAGCUGAACCGCCGAGUGAUGGCGAUAGAGGCUGAGCAGUUGCAAAGACAACAGAAAGAAAAGAUUGCUUAUGCAAUAAGCAUUGCAUACAUUCUGUUCAAGGUCAUCGCUUGGCUCAACAGAUCUUAAUAUUAUAUCUAUGUAGUGAUUAUACCUAAGUAAGAUGAAGUUUUUAGUGUAUGAUUCAUAGGCUUCAUAAAAUUUGUUAAUUUUUGGGAGGUUUCUUCAUAACUUAGUCUACCUGAAAUGUAUUACCAUUAAGGAUUGUUCAAUGUAAUGAGAAAAUAGAAGCAUUCUUAAUGUUUUAAAAAUGCCUUGUUUUCCUCACAACCUUUGUUAUAACAUGGUAAGAAAAAUAUACAGGUUGUUGUUGACUAA